AUGCCACGCCGGGACGGCGGUUCCUGGAACGCCAUCAUCUCCGCCUCGUCCCGCGCUGGGCACCCUGCAGAGAUGUUCUCCCUCUUCGCUGACAUGAACUCUCUUGGCAUUCGCCCCAAGGACGUCACACUGGCAUCAGUGCUUGCCUGCUGUGCUGAGUGUCUUGACCUGCGUGGUGCACAGCAGCUCCAUGAUGCAAGGUGGGCAUUUGAUGGCAUCCUGCAACCCAAUGACAUUUCAUGGAAUGUAAUCAUCCGGAGAUAUCUUCUCGCUGGUAUGGGCGACAUGGCAGUUCAUAUGUUCUUCAGGAUGGUAUGGGCCGGCGUUAGGCCACUGGUAUAUACUGUCACACACGCAAUGCUUGCUUGCUGGGAUAACGGUGCACUUAAAGAAGGGAGGUGCAUACAUACUUUUGUGCUCCGACAUGGGUAUGAACACCACAUACACGUGCGGAGCUCAGUUGUAGAUAUGUAUGCAAAGUGUGGUGACAUUGAUGCAGCACAAAGGCUCUUCAACUUGGCACCAAAGAAGGACGUGGUGAUGUCCACUUCAGUUGUGUCAGGAUUGGCUGCUUGUGGGAGGAUUGCUGAUGCAAAAAGGUUGUUUGAUGGCAUGGAACAGCACAAUCUGGUAUCCUGGAAUGCUAUGUUGACCGGUUAUGUCAAGUCCAUGGAUCUGACUGGUGCUUUAGAUUUGUUCCAGCAGAUGAGGCACGAGAUAAAGGAGCUUGAUGUCGUUACACUUGGUUCUGUGCUCAAUGCCUGUACAGGGCUGCUUGACCUUGGGAAAGGUGAGGAGCUCCAUGCACUCGCUCUCAAGUGUGGUUUGUUCAGUUACCCCGUUAUGAUGAAUGCAUUUGUGAGGUUGUAUUCCAAAUGUGGAUGCCUGAGGAAUGCAGAACGGCUUCUUCUAUUUGAGAUGGGAUCAGAGAGAGAUAGAUUCUCCUGGAACUCACUCAUCUCAGGUUACGAACGCCACUCCAUGAGUGAAGCAGCUCUGCAUGCUCUACGUGAGAUGCAAUCUGAGGCAAAACCUAGCCAGUCUACGUUCAGCUCUGCCCUUGCAGCCUGUGCAAAUAUAUUUCUGCUUAAUCAUGGGAAGCAGAUUCAUGCAUACAUGAUCAGAAACGGCAAAGGUGACUAUGGGCUUGAAUUGUUCGAUGAAAUGCGGAAGCAGGGGAUUAGGCCAGACUCUGUCACUUUCCUUGGUGCUCUGGUUUCAUGUAUCUGUGAAGGGCAUGUCGGGUUGGGGAGGAGUUAUUUCACUCUGAUGACUGAUGAGUAUAGCAUUGUCCCACGCAUCGAACACUAUGAAUGCAUGAUCGAGCUGUUGGGCAAGCACGGAUACAUGGUUGAGCUAGAGGAUUUCGUGGACCACAUGCCCUUUGAGCCAACAACCGCGAUAUGGCUCAGGAUCUUUGACUGCUGCAGGGAAUAUGGAAACAGAAAAUUAGGGGAGAGGGCUGCGCAGCGUAUCAAUGACAGCAAACCCCUGACUCCAGUUAUAUUUGUUGAGUCCACUCCUGACUACGAAUGCAGUGGCAGCGAUGAUGCGGAGCCCAUGCCAUUCUGCUGA